AUGGUUGUUUCACCGGUGAUUCGGAGGGCAACAGCUGAGGCCCUUGGUCAGCAAGUUAAUAACAGAAACGGGGGUAAUGGCAGAAAUGGGCCGAUGAUGUUAGCUACCUUUCUAAAAGUAAACCCACCAACUUUUAAAGGGACCACAAAUCCAACAGAAGUUGAUAAUUGGUUUCAGGCGAUGGAACAAGCCUUACAAGCGCAUCAAGUGCCUGAAGACCAGUGUGUUGAGUUUGCUACUUAUCAGCUGAUGGGUGAAGCUCAGUAUUGGUGGCAGGAGACCCGACGCCUUCUGCAGCGAGAUAAUAUUGCAAUCCUUUGGGAUGUAUUCCAAUCCGAGUUUUAUAAGAAGUAUUUCCCAAACUCAGUAAGGACGGCAAAGGAGCUUGAGCUGCUGCAGUUAAAACAAGGUCACAUGUCUGUUGCGGAGUAG